AUUCAACUUUUAAGCUUACUGUACCUAACGGUGUAGUAAACUGUACCGAAGAAGAAUUUGAAAACAUUUUUACCUCGACGGAAAGAACACAAGCAUUUUAUGACGAACUCCUCUACUUUUAUCUUCAUAUCUGUCUUCCCAAUGAUUCUAGCAUUACUGAUAAAGAAGCAGCCACAUUGUUUUUCCAACAACUUGAAAUAUUCGUUGAAGCAUUAAUCAUCGAUGCAAAUGCAUCUACUGCUUCGAAUCCACUUCCCGCUCCUCCGCCAGUAUAUCGUUUACCUCCGGGUAAAUCUCGUGAAACUUCUACAGCGACUUCGCCCUCGAUACCAGGUACUCCUUUACCACCACUCAUGGACAAGAGACCAUCUAAACCACCAGAUGGUACAAUAAUAUAUUCUUAUUUAUAUAAUCAAAAAUCGAAGGAUCGUCAGAUGUUGGUCUUUGAAAGGAAUGGAUCAUGGUCAUGUUUGGUACCAUUGGUAGUUCCCGUAGCUUAUGUAAAAACUCGUGCUCAGACUCCGGCACUAGCACUUAAUACAACUAUUACGCAAGUUCCUCUAUCGGAAGAAUUAAAAGAUUCUGGAAAGAUAUUUGAUCUUGAAGCGUCUAAUGGUGAGAACUUUGGCAUGACGAAUUUGUUAGAAGGCUUAAAUUAUGAUCCUUCAUUCGAAUCUCCUACAGCAAGUUUACUGCUCCCAACAAAUCGCCUGUUCAACAAUGAAAAUAGACGUUCGUCUUUAAAUUUAAACCAAAAUUCUUCACCCCCAUUGAAACAGAGUAUACGUAAAGUUUUAUCUUUAAAGUCAGCGCUCAAUGUACGCAUGCGAACUACUAGUGUGUCUCCUUUAGAUCAUGUGUUAAUGAUGUCCGUCGAAUUGGAGAAUAACACCGAUGCAGGUUGCUCAUUUUCCGUUGAGGAAGUUAAAGUAGAUAUUGAUCAUGGCUUUGUGACAAGAUACGAUUUUGAAUCUGCGAAUAAGCAAUCGGAUAAAUUUCCAAUAACGCUUCAUCCUGUCGACCAAGUUACGUUUUUAUAUAGUAUUACUAUUUUAGAAGAUCUAUCACUUCCAAAAUUGUCUUCCCAAUUUUGUCCCACGCCACAACCUCAUUCUAGACCAACAUCUCGUCGUACCUCCGUAUCAUCAGUAUUUUCGAUCACCUCUGGUUCACCUAUUACAGAAGAACGUCAACGUCACGUUUCAAUUAUUGCAAAAGGAUCACCGAUUCUCGAUGGAAUUAAGUGUCGGAGCAUUGAAUCAAGGUGGAAUUGCAUGCUAGAUCUAACUAAUCUACGAAGACGUGAAGAUUCUUUGCCGUUGCCUAUGCCAAUCAAUCCAAGUCAAAAAUCUAUGGCACAGACAAAAUCUGGACAAUCUAGGAGCAGCACUUUAUUUUCACCCACCGGUUCAUCAACACCAAGCAAUUUUAAGGGGUUUCAUUCAACAUCAGACUCUAAUGGAAAGAUUAAAAAAGUAGCAAAUCUUCCCACCAUACCUAACCACAGUACGAUUGGUAAUGGUAUUCUCACUGGGGGCAGAGCUCCUAUGACUUCCAGACCUAUGGAGAUGGAAGUUGGUGAUGGUGUUGUCGUUUCCUUCUUGGUUAGCUCCAAAGUUGUUUUGGGUAAGCUGUUCACAAUACAUAUUUUCUUCGUCAACAGAUCAAAGCACGUAAGACGAUUUACUGUAGUGGUGCCCAAUAAAAAACGGCCAAAUGAAAAGGCAAUCAAAAACAUACCAGUACCACCAGCAACGGUAAAACUGCAAAAUUCAGCAGACCUGCUUAUAAGUGGUAGUCAAGCAAACCAAUUAGAGCCAUUUUUGGAGGAAGCGGAUUUCAUAAGGAAAUAUCUAGAGCAUGAAACUCCAGACUCUGAUAUUAUUUGUUUGGAAAAUAAUGUUCGGAUCGGGCCAUUGAACCCUUCAACGUGCGAAUCAGUUGCAUUACAUUUCAUUGCUAUCAAAGAAUCAAUGCAUAUUAUUGAUUUAGUUCAACUUGUGGAUAACGAUACUGGCUUCAUAACGAAUCUUAGAAAUGUUUUGGAAAUUUACGUUGCAAAGACAGUUACACCUAAAAAGGGAAAAAAAAUUCUUGAUAUUGCAAAUGGUGGUAUGGAAGUACAGGUUAAUGGAUAA